GAGAAGGUGUCUUCUAUUUUCUUCCACGGAGACUUCUGCGGCAAAAGCAGAGGGAGAGCACCGAGACAACUCUUUUUUUCCGGUUCACAGAAUUCGAAUGUUCUUUCGCAUCUUGUAAGAAGCGAGUGCUGCCAAACCUGACCGCGAAAGCGAGUGUUCCGCGAGGCGCUCCAGUUCAGUCGGUCGAAUGGAUCGGUUAUGAGCAGGUGGCGGGUCAACGGGUCUGGUCGAGGUAGGAAUGUCGCUGAUGUGCGUUUUGUUGCUCGGUGCGUGCACAGCGGUGGUGCAGUGCAUGAUCGCCGAAUAUGAAACUUACAAACCGAAACCUAUCCUGUACUGCGACGGAAAAACUUUGGCGGAAAUUGUGCUGGACGAAAACGGGGAGAUGACGCACUGCCGUCUUCAUGAACUCGAGGAGCCAUCUGACGCAGAGCCCAUCAUUAAGGGAAGUGGGCUGCAGGUGAAGUAUCCGAAUUUCAAAGAGAUGCUCCAGCUCAUCAACGAAUGUACUUUCCUCGAGAAACCAGCAGCGAAUUCCACUGACAACACCACGAGCUCCCUGGAGGUGGUAUCCACGUGGUCAGCCUGGUCGUUGUGGAAUGGAAUACUCCCCGGUACGAAAUGGUGUGGAGUGGGUGACAUUGCUGAUUCUUUCGAAGAGCUGGGAUCUCAGACAGAAGUGGACGCAUGCUGCAGGGCACAUGACCACUGUCCAGUGAAACUGAAAGCCUUCCGUACUGGCUACGGAAUGAUCAAUUUGUCUUUGUACACUAAAUCCCAUUGUGACUGUGAUAAAGAAUUCUAUUCUUGUCUGAAGGCCUCCCGAAACAAAGUUGCAGACGUCGUAGGAAACUUGUACUUCAAUAUAAUGAAAAUCCAAUGCAUCAAAGAACACAGGCCUUUCGUCUGCACUGAAAACAGGACAGAGACGGAUGGAAAAGAAAGAUGCAUCAAAUGGGGAGCGGAUCCUAACAGCAAAAAAAUGCAAACAAGUGUAGCCCUUCUUAAAUACUGACUGGAUGAGUGACAAUAAUAUCAUUCUCAGCUAAGGAGAUUGCAGAUAACAAUGAGUGAAUUCUGUAGAAAUACAUGGCUUUUAAAAAGUAAUGGCGAAUGCAACAAACUAAAGUAUUAUGCAAAUUUCCAGUUUUUUUACCAUCACUAAAUGCAAUGUAGCAUGUAUGAGCUCUAUCUUAUAAGUAGACACAUUUUAUGUACUAAUUGAAGCAUCCCUUUGGUUACACAUAAUAAUAAUCAAUAAUAAUGCAAGAAAAAAAAAAAGAGUUAUAAAGUAUCAAAUCAAUGAUUCUUUGUUCUCAAAGUUUUGCUAAAGCAAUUUUUUUCCCCCUGUUUGUAUUUCAUAUUUAAAGAAUAUACCAAAAGUAAGUAGCAUUCUAUAAAGUAGUUUCUUUGGCCCAUGAUACCUAGCUAAACAAGUGUUUGAAAUAUAGAAAUAAAUUUGAAAACAAUUUUUCUCUUAAGUAUAUAUACUUUGUAACUUGUACAUUGUAAAAUAAAUGCUUAAAAGCAUAGAUAUAAUGAAAGUAAAAUCAAUAUUUAAAAAUUCUAAUUAAUCUUAAAAGUAAAAUAUAGUUUACUUAAUAUAUAUUUCUUCCUCUUAUUGUUAAGGUAAUUUGCACAAAUUGGGUAUAGGAUUUCAAGUGUG